AAAGUAUUUAUUUAAGAGAUAACACUUAUCAAACCAAAUAUAUUUCCGGAAUACCCAUGAGCAUAUUAAUGUAAUUACUGGUUUAACUUCAGGCUGCUACAACAUGAAGGGUGUGUGCGUAUUGUUUGUUACAUUUUUAGGAUUCAAUUUUUCUGCAGCCUACAAAGCGGCAGUUAUUGAACAUUAUCCGUAUGCAGAUAAAGGAAGUACAGCAGAUGAAAUAAUAAAAAAAAAUCUACAGGACUAUCAAAAUUACAUAGCGAAAGCGAAAGGCGAAGGCGCAAAUAUCAUUGUCUUUCCUGAAUAUGGGCUUACAACUCUAGUCGACGACCCAAAGGAAUAUGCUAUCAAUGUUAAUGACUCCGAUACGUUUAAAAAACUGAAAGUAAUGGCUGUAGAAAACGGCAUGUAUUUGGUGGUAAAUAUUCUAGAAAAAGAUGAAAGCAGUAGCAAAAACACUGAAUAUUACAACACAAACUUGGUUUUCGACAGAAACGGAGAAUUAUUAUUAAAAUACCGCAAAAUCAAUCUUUUUAACGAAAAACAAUUGACACCAGGAUCAAAAGAUCAAAGCAACACUUUUAAAACUGAUUUUGGCGUCACGUUUGGUAUUUUCACAAGUUUUGAUAUCCUUUUUGAAAACCCGUCGAAAACUGUAUUCAUUGAUACCAGUGUUACGGAUAUCGUGUUUCCCACAGCUUGGUUUGCAACAAUGCCUUUCUUUACUGCUUUGAGCGUCCAACAUGGUUACGCUGUCGCCAACGGUGUUAAUUUAUUAGCUGCUAAUUAUGGUAAUCCAAAAAGCACCCACGGGGGCAGUGGAAUUUACUUGGGAGAUGGCAAGGUGCCUGAAAUGUAUAUUGCUGAUACUCCAAGCAGUAAAGCUAUAGUCCAAGAAGUACCAAAAUUAUCCAAACGGGAAGACAAAACAAUCUGUCCUAAAGUUGCCCCAAGAGGACUCCCAAGUGAUUUAGAUAAAUCUAAUGUUACCAACUACCGCACAGACUACGUCUUUAAAGCCUCAGACUACACCUUUAAAAAAAUUGAUAUGACCCAAAGCAAUGCUACAGCUAGCGUUUGUGAUGGCUCGUUGUGUUGCACUUUCCAAAUGCACAUAAAUACAUCAGAAUCAAAAUCAAUCAACGUUUAUAAGGUGAUGGCUUAUGACGGUCCAAUGACUUACGGUAACAGCAACAUUCAUGUUCGCGUGUGCAGUUUGGUGGCUUGCGAAACCGACUCAGAUGAUACUUGUGGGAAAAGAGUCGAGGUUGAUGCUAAAUUUACAAAAAUUACAGUUAAGGGAAAAUUGACAAGUUGUAAUGAGGGCCCUACUUAUUUUGCGCCUGUCACUCUAAACACUUUUCUUCAACCUCUAACCGAAACCACAUAUUGUAACUUCAACGCAACUGAUUCUACAAACGUCGAAUUGACUACGACUAAAGCCCAACAAAAUGUUUUAGUUUUUGGGAUCUUGGGACAAGUAUCAGCCAGCGCCUCUCUAUUUACUUUCAGUGUCUUGUUCUUGACCAUGUUAAGUGUUAUUAAAUGUAUUGUAGUUUAGUUAAGACAGCCUUGUAAGCAUUAAAUUUAAUAAAACCUAAUAUUCGUAA